GACGAGUUGUUUCUCUUUCUCUUCCAGGCAGAGAUUGAUUACUACAGAAUCUAAAUAUUUGACCUGAUACCUCCCGCUCUACCCAGUUUAUACUGUAUGCUAACGCAGAAGUUAAGGCAGAUGGAAAUGUCCUCAGCAGCAGCACUGUUAAUUUAACACGACCAAGCUAUUCGUUGUUCUCCUCUUGUGGUCAAUCUUUGUAGCAAGAAAUCUGAGCCUUUAGAUAACAUUUGUAGGAUAAGCAUUUGCUAGCAAAGUUAAGCAGUGCCUUAAAAGGUUGCAUGAAAACUCUUUAAUGAGCAUUAUUCCCAGAAAAUAAAAAGUUGUGAAGUGUGAUGGUAAUUCCCUAUAGUGCAUACAUGUUCAUUCUGUGCAUUUACUUAUAAUUUCAUUAGCGGUAUUCAGGUAAUUUGGAUCCAGUGUUUUACUUGGAACAGAUUUUAUCAUGCUGUGGAGCAUAAUGUUAUUUAAAAGUGGAUCUUUUGGGUGGUGAAUUAGUUUUGAAGCUUAUAACAAGUUUGUCAUUUAGUCCCUGGCUCUUCUCGAGGUAACCAUGGGCACAAGUGGCCCAAGCAGGCGAGCUGGCAGUCAGCUCAGAGCAUCUUGCUUUUGGAUGUCCAGAUGGACACCAGUAGUGUAUCUCAGGGGAUAUGGUGGUGAAAAUUAAGGCUGUAGCAUCUCAGAUGAGACACACUGAAUGUCUGUUUUAAUCAACUUCAUGUGUUACCCUUCUUUAUUGUAAGUAAAGUGAACAUUUAGAUGGCUAGUUGUGAUUUAUUAGUCAUUGUUGAUAAGGAACUUUACAAGUCCUGAGUAAAAGAUUGCAUAAACAUCUGAAGUACUUAUUUAAUUCCUCACAGAAUAAUGCUCUGAAUAUUAGUUUGCUAAUCGCAUUUAGUAAUUAGAGAAGAACAUGUCAGUAGUGUACUGAUCUCUCUGUAGAUGAAAGAACAAGCACUGCAGGGCUGAAAUGGAGUCCUACCUCCUGGAGCCCAGUUUUGUGUCCAGUGAGUGAUGGUGCUUACUGUACAGGAGCUGUAAAAGAGCAUGCCUGUAUUGGGUGGGCUCUCCAGCAUGGCCUCAGCCGAGGCAUGGUACCUUCCUGUGGCACCUGGUGCAGGUAUAAAACACAGCUUUGCUGUGCCUCUGUCCUCCCUCAUUUGAGAUCAGUGAAACCUCUUCUCCUGCACCACCCUCCUCUAGCAACAGCUGUAUGGAAUGCCCCUUUGAAUGCUUGUACUCAGGAAUGACUGCACAGGAAUGUGCUUGUAUGAUUUUCUAGGGUCAAAUAAAGCACCGUCUUCAAUAAAUAAAACAAAAUACUUACCAAUUACUUCUUAGCAUUGAAGAUUGUCUUGGCUGUGGUUAUUUUGGUACUUACUGAUUCUUUGCUAUAUAAUACUUCUCAGUUCAUCCAUUCUGCUUCCACAGGGUAUCCCAGUUCAUUAGUUUUUGAAUGUUGAUUGUUCAGGAGUGCUGCUGGUGUGAAUUACUUUUGUGCAAUACAGACAAUUGUGUUCUUUGAGAUUUUUUUCCACCAAAAGAAGUUGAUAUUUUCUUCUCCUAUUUUUUUUUUCUUUGAGGAAUUGUCAGAAAGUUUUGAUACUGGAAGAGCGAUUUGUAUCUGAAGAUCGAAACCUGUCAUCUGGAUCUCAUAGUCAGGGAUGCACAGGGUAUAAAGUUGACUUCUGAGAUAGAAAAUGGUUUAAAUUUCCACCUGUGCUGCCACUUUCUUAGUAUUUCAGAGAAAUAGUUCAGUGUUUCAGCAGAAACUGUAUCAAAAAGGGGUGAACUGAAGGAAGUGCUUCUUUUGAGAAAGAAGAAAGAGUGUUCAAGAUUGGGGGCACAAAGAUUCAGUUAAAUACAGUAGAUGUGUCAUUUAACUUUUCCUUUCCAGAACUGUAUUUAAGCAAACAUAGGAACAUAUGACACUUACUUUCCUAUUUACACUGUACAAAUCUUUCCUUAUGCCACUUCUUGCUCUUUUUCGCUCCUGUCUGUAUACAUCAAGACAGACCUUGGGUAAAUAUGCUUCAUUAAAAAAUAUAUAAAAAGACAACAAAAGCAGCCACCUACCCAUUUCUUACCCAUUUGCUUGCAAAGAAUGAGAGUAGAGUGUGCAUGGUUAAGUGUUCAGCUCUGUAUCACAUAAAAUGGUUGUGAGGAGGUGAUUCCCAGUGUGAAAAGAGCUGCCUUUACCUUGCUGCCAAGUGGCUCAGUGGAAAGAUUGAGGAACAGAGCUGGAUGUAACUGUUUUAAUUUUGUUUGUAUUAUACUUGAUUGUGCCCGUCUUCCCUGCAUUAUGGGCAUUUUCAAGACGUGCUCAGUGACAGUGUAAUGUACUUGUUGAUGUGUAGGGGGAUGGUAUCUUCAGCUAGCAGACCUCGUGAAGACAGUUGGUUAAAAUCGCUAUUUGUUCGCAAAGUCGAUCCAAGGAAAGAUGCUCACUCCAACCUUCUAGCCAAAAGAGAGACCAGCAGUCUGUAUAAACUACAGAUUCACAAUGUAAAACCAGAAUGCCUAGAGGCCUACAACAAGCUUUGUCAAGAGGUGCUGCCAAAGAUUCAUGAAGAAAAACACUACCCAUGUGCACUGGUGGGGACUUGGAACACGUGGUACGGAGAGCAAGAUCAGGCUGUUCAUCUAUGGAGGUAUGAGGGAGGCUACCCAGCUCUCAAUGAGGUCAUGAGUAAACUCCGUCAAAACAAGGAGUUCACAGAGUUUCGCAAAGAAAGAGGUAACAUGCUUCUGUCUCGCAAGAAUCAAUUACUGUUGGAAUUCAGCUUCUGGAAUGAACCUGUUCCCAGAGAGGGGCCGAAUAUUUAUGAAUUGAGAUCCUAUCAACUUAGACCUGGAACUAUGAUUGAGUGGGGAAAUUACUGGGCCCGUGCAAUUCGUUUCCGACAAGAUAAUAACGAAGCAGUUGGAGGAUUUUUCUCACAAAUUGGACAGCUGUAUAUGGUUCAUCACCUUUGGGCUUACAAAGAUCUCCAGACCAGAGAAGAUAUAAGGAAUGCUGCGUGGCACAAACCUGGCUGGGAUGAGCUAGUCUAUUACACAGUGCCCCUUAUUCAGGAAAUGGAGUCCAGAAUCAUGAUACCAUUGAAGAUUUCUCCACUUCAGUAAAGUCAUUGAUUUAUUUGUGCCUACAUAGAUAAAGUGACAAGUAUUUGUCUUAAUUAAUUUAUGGUAUACAUUGUAUAUCAUAGUCAAAAAUAUAAAAGUACUGUAUUGAGCUUAUAAAGGAGACCUCUUUUCUUCAGAAUCUAAUGACCUUUUGCUCUUGGGAUUGUAUCAGGAAAAAAAGAAAUACAGGACUGUAGCUAAAAGGUUGGUUAACGCAAAGAAACUCCUCAGGUUAAGUAUGGCGUACGGUAUUUAAUAUCAGCUCCUGGAUAGAAAAUGCCCAGUGUUCACAACAGCAAUAGAAUGUAGUGUUAUAGUUGCUGUGGCCUUUGUGUAGCAUUUAUAGUGACUGCAGAUUGCAAAAACAAAUGGGGAAGUCCUGAAAUCAGGAGCUUUGAAACCCUCAGGCAGUUCACCUAACUUUGUAGCAGGGCUGAAAUCAGUAAAGUAGCUCUAAAUUUAUGAAUAGACGGUUACUAAUUGAGGGUAAUAUUGUCUGUCACGUGAUACUUACAGACAGAGUAUAGGGCAUUCUGUUUCACAAGGACGUUGAAGCUUGUUGAAACCUAACUACACGUUUUUCCAGAUAUCAACAUCUGGAAUUAAUUUUGUGAAAUUAAUUUAGAGCCUUUUUUAAAAAGUAUGACCGGCUGUUUUCAAAGAGAUACUGACAUGGCAUGAUUGUCUGAACAUUCUGCAGAGAAUCAACUUCAGUGAAAUACAUUUAUCUCUAGGUAUAACUCAAAAAUCUAGGAAAAGGGGUUUUAUUUAAUAAGCAGUCAUGACUUCAGACAUAUGCUUGAUCAGGUGUUUCACUAACUGUACAGUAGGUACUUAAGAAUUAAUGUGUGAAACUGACGCAUGUUGAGUCAAUAGGAUUGGCAUAGAGCAGUGUACCAUUAUGUCCAGUUCUAUUUUGAUUUCACUUUUAGACUAGAAAAUAUCAACACUUUUAGUGUCUGUGAUGAUGUGAACAUCCUGUAAGUGGAAAUAAUGUUCUUUCUUCAAAGUGGCUACAAGAAUCAGUGUAACACAGAGAAUGUACAAAUCAGUUACUGAAUGUCCAAUUUGUGCAUUUCAGUGAGUUUCAGGAAAAACAUCAGUCAAUAAAAAUCCUUUUAAUUUUCACAUA